CUCCCUCGUCUUCGCCAGAAGAAGCGGCGGCAGUGCGGGGGCUGGCGGCUGAUAAGGUUUAGUUUGAGUUGGCAGGCUGUCCUGUCCGAUCGGCGCAGAGCCACGCGAAGAGCUCCAGAGGAAAUCGGCCGAACGGGAGAGACAUGGAGGAGACGGACGGCGCGAGUGCGUACGGGGCUUCGCUUGCAGGAGGAGGCUUCGACUUCUCCAAGUUUGUCCGACAACCGCAAACCAUCGUGCGCCUGCUCAGCUGGAUAUUUGCCAUGGUGGUGUUUGCCUGCAUCACAACAGAGGGAUACAUCAACACCGUCCACAGCGCCGAGGCGAAGUGCAUCUUCAAUCAGAAUGACUCGGCAUGCCACUAUGCUGUCGGCAUCGGGGUGAUCGCCUUCCUGGCGUGUGUGGCCUUCCUGGUGUUGGAUGUUUAUGUGCCUUUUAUGAGCAACGCAAAGGAAAGGAAGUAUGCUGUCAUGGCAGACCUGGGGUUCUCAGGGGUGUGGACCUUCCUGUGGUUUGUGUGUUUCUGCCUGUUGGCCAGUCAGUGGGGUCGCACUCAUGAAGUCAGCGGUGUCCCCAUGGACGCUGCACGCGCCACCGUGGCCUUCUCAUUCUUCUCUAUCGCCACCUGGGGAAUCCUGACCUAUUUUGCCCUGGGUCGUUUCCGCCGUGGCGUUCAUGAAGUUACUAUCCCAACCUACGCAGAGCCGCCACCAGAUCACCACACCCCCUACCCUCCGACCUAUGCCCCCACCUCCUACAACCCCACUACCUACACCCCUACCACUUACACAGCCUAUCCCAGCAGUGUCCCUGACAUGCACCAGCAGCCUCCCUUCAUCCCAAACCCCCAGCCACCAGGAGACGCCGGCUACCAGCCGCCCAGCUACUGAGACAAAGGGAGUUCAUAGACAAAGGGAGGGUGGUGUUCCAGGUCAUCUGUUGGUAAACUAAUUGUAGUUGCACUGCACAGACAAAGAGCUAUAUCAUAUUGAUGUGGUUUUACAUUUGAUUUAACACACUUUCCAAAGUAUGGUCAGAUUUGAGAACCUGAGCAGUGCAACUGCAAAGUUAGAGAUGAGGGCCGCUGCGGUUUACGUCAAACGGUCUGUGGUCAGAUCUUAAGACAUCAGGCUGACUGUUGAGAUAAGCGCUGAUGAUUGGGUAAUCUGACCGUAGACCUGUGUGCAAAGAUGCAACUUUUACCUCAGCUGGGCUGAUCCUGAAGGAGGGAGGUAGUUGGAAUGUACCCAGGAGGUCAAUGGUCACAAAAUGUGUCAUUAUAAAGAAUACCUGUGACCGCUCCAAGGAGAAGAAGCCAACACGUCACGUGUUUCUCUUUACUCUCUGUUGGAACCUGAGAAUGUGCAUUUGUACAUAGAUUUCACUAUGCAAAGCUGCCAUUUUAAUGGUUGUAUGUGCCUCAUUUUCUUGUUUGGUUUGGUGGAUUUUCCCCCUUUGGUGCAUUUAUCUUGAGGACCUAUAAAUAGUUUUGGAUGUAUUAAAUUAACAAAUAGUUUUGUUUGAGCCGAGUUCAGUGGGAAAAGACCACUGUAAAGCCAAAUGUCCUCCUGUGAUUGUUUUUUUUUUUUGUAAAAUGUGAGCUCUGUGGAAAUAAUGCAGUUAGGUUUGUUACCAUAUAACCAUAAAAUCAGCCUUGGAAAGAGGUUUUGCAGUGCUUUGUGGUACAGUAAAAUGGCUCCUGUCCACCUCAUCUCAAAUAGUUGUUUUUAAGUGCGCUCUAAUCAAAAUGUAUUGUUGAUAGUGAUUUAAGAAACCAUAAAAACUCUCCAUUUCUUUAACUCAUGGAAAAUAUAACCAAUUUGAAAAUGGAUCACGUGUGCCAAUCUGCAGUUAACAUUCAGACAAACAGGAGGGAGGAGCAUGUAGAUAACGUUGCACUUAUUGAACAGGUUUAUCCACCAAAUGUCCUCAUACUGAAGUGUAACUCAUUAACUGCCAGCAGUAAUGCUUCCUCUUCAGCCUGCGGAGAGAGCGGCCUCACACUUCCUUUACGGUCUUUGUGACAUUUUGUUUCAAACCCUGAUGUUUAUCUCCUGUUUACGGGCUCUUUUUUCUAAACCGCUGAAGGCAGACUGCAGCGGGUUCGUCUUUACCGAUGACAGAUUAACACCUCAGCCUGCGUCAGUGAGAAUCAGACAUCUGUCCCUGGAAAAGCUCCUGGUUGACUUUGUUGCUUUGUGCCUGACACUAACACGUUUGUCAGUUUAACACCUCGGCUGCCUUAUCUGGAUCCAGUUCUGGCUGUUGUAUCUCAGCUAAAGUGACACUCAAAAAUUGGCUGACGGUCAGAUAUUGGUCAUUUUUGCAGGAUGUGAGUGGACUUUAGAUCUGUUAGUGACAAAGCAGAAACUGAAUGCGGUAUAUUUAUUAACCAUGACACUUAUGGUGCCACAUUGAUGACAUUUGUGCUAUAUUUGUCGUUUAGAGGAAAACACAUGUGCAUAACCUACUGAAGCCAAAUGUGUGGAAAAAAAAAAACCCCACCACUGUGGAUUUGUCAUUUGUGCCUUAAGGCGAGAAAUAAAACUUUAAAGGUUUCACUGGGGAAGGAAAGUGAUUAAAAUGUGCCAUAAUCAAAUACUGAUGUUAUAUUUAGGUUAAACAGCUGUGCCUGAGUGAUUUGCUUUUUUUGGUUCAUUUUUAUGCUCUGGAAAAAUCUGCUGAAUCUACUCUUCAGUGGAUUCAGAAUCAAUAUAUGGAUCUGAUUGUAAAGAGCACAUUUUUGCUCAAGUAAUUUCUAAAUUGCAUGCAUGUCCCAUUCUAGUUACGAUAACAAAAGCCUAAAUUUUGACAUGCUGAUUAAAUGUACACUAAAUCACACACUUUGAAUUAUUUGCUAAGUGAAUUAAUCUGAUAUUUUGUUAAAGAUUAUUUUGCAUUUCAUUUAGCUUCAUGUUUUUGAUGAGGAGGCUGGAAUGAUUUGUGCAAAAUGGUUUGCGAUGCCUUCAAAUGUUUUAGGAAGAUAGGCACAAAACACUGGUCAGACUUUGGUCGGCUUAGCUUGUUUUUCUAUUCUGUUUUAGUUAAGUGUUUUUAUUUGGCCAUUGAGGUGUGAAGUUCCCCCUUUGCUUUUGUCAUAAUUUCAUGUCAUGGUGUCAAAAGAAUUUGACAACUUUGGUUUAUGGAAUAAAAUAAUUCACAUGA